CUCAAGGUCGGCAAAUGCCGCCGUUUCUUUCAAACUGGGCCAGCAUGCCUUUGCCACUUGGCUUUGUUCUCUCUAAUAGUGUUCAAACAAAAGGAGGGUGUCCAUAUAAACCAGCGAACAUGCAUUGCAAUGCUUAACCUUUCCUCUUUACCAUUCUCAUGCUUCCUCACUUCGGAGAAUACGUCGUUCUCAAACUCGAUCUUGUGGCUUCCCUCAAGUCGUUGAACGAUCCUGAGGUAUCGAAGGCCUGCAGAAAAUUGCAGAGCAAGACUUAUGUUGCCUGUGUCAUCAAUCUCUUCUCUUUUCCCUUGCCUGGUGCCGAAUACGUAUCCGUUACAGCGACUCUAGUUUCCAAAGGUCUUCCUAGCAGUGAUCCUGGACGCUCUAUAACGUCUGACAUAUCGGUGCCAAUAUUUCCAAGCACCCGCCAUCCACUUUCGCGACCACCGAUGAAACCUUCCAAUCCUCUUCCUUGGUCGGACUGUUACCACCCAACACAGGCAACAAUAAAAUGUCGUAUUCAGAACGACACCAACAUCGGGGAUCCAUGGCCAGAACCGAAAUACAAAUUGGACGUUGCUGCUGAUUCGCCUUCGCCUUGCUCAGUAUUUUAGCGAGGAUACCGACCGUAGGGACGUG